CUCCUUCCGUGUGGCAUAUAAAUCCGACGCGCCGACGCCUCGAUUCCUCGCCUCCCCGAGAGCCCCCGUUUCUGUCACAAAUCGCCACUAAAACCCUAGCCUUCCGCCAUGGCCACCUCCCCUGCCGCCUCGUCCUCCUCCGCUCCGACCGCCUCCGCGGUGGCUGCGGCUACGAUGGCUGUUGAGGCCACCGACGGGCCGGUGCUCAGCGUAGUAUCGAAGCGUCUCCGCGCACUGCGGAAGAAGUACAACCGAAUCACGCAGAUGGAGGAGUCGCUCGCCGCCGGCAAGACGCUCAACCGAGAGCAGGAGGAGGUUCUCCGCUCCAAGCCCGUCGUCGCCGCUCUGAUCGACGAGCUCGAGCGCCUCCGCCCUCCGCUCGCCUCCGCCCUCGCGGAGGAGCUCUCCUCCCGCCCCGCCCCCGCCCCCUCCGCCGCUUCCUCCUCCGACUCAGAUUCGUCAGUCCAGGACUUGCUUGCGCUCGUCUACUUCGGCUCCCUCUUUGACGUCAAGCAGCAAAGCGACUUCGUCUCUUUGGUUUACACGCGCGAACUCGAGCGGAGCAGCUGCCUCACUUAUGACUACGUCGGGGAUGAUCCGGAGGACAGUCUCGCGGAGACCGAUCUGAACGCGGUUUCUGCCCUUGCCUCCCUCGCCGCGUUGCGCCCUCCUGCUGCAGCCGGAGUCUCGCACCGUGACGCCCUUCAGGCUUGUGCUCAUCACGCCCGCCUCUGGCUCUGCCGUGCGGAUGAACCCAUCCAUCCUGACUCCACCAUCACAUAUGCUGGGGUGAGGGCAAAGCUGGAUAGGAUCAUGGCAUCGGGCUACUUCACAGCGCAGCUAGAAAUGAGGACACCAUUGGAUCUGGCUGCUGCAGUGGCAAGUUUUGGAGCUGGAGGUGUGCAGGUGCAAGAGAGCAUGGUUGUGUCACCUCAGGCACCGGAAGCAGUGGAGGAGAGCCAGGCUGUUGAAGGACACAAGGAGGAUGAAGUCCUGGUGCAUCCAACUGAUGAAGUUCCUCCAGCUGAGACAGAGCAGGAGCAGGAGACAUUUGAUGCUGAUGUGAAGGAUCAGGAGCAAAAGGACCAACAAUUCAUCCAGCGGCGGUCUUACCAGAACCAGCGUGGUGGUGGUCGUGGUGGCAGCAGGAGAGGCUAUCCUAAUGGUCGUGGAGGACGUGGUGGCCGAGGUGGCGGGUACCAGAAUGGCCGUGGUGGAUACCAGAAUGGUCGUGGCGGUGCUGGCGGGUACUACUACGAAUCUGGAUACUACCAGCCGAGGAACUACAACAGAGGCCGGGGUGGUCGCUCCGGCGGUGGCAACUCUUACUACAACAGCCAUGGUGGAGGUGCACAGGGGCAUCAUCCUGGGAGUGUUGAGCUGGGCGCAAACGCCUAGCUUCGCUGACUGUUCUGUUUGAUAAUGAGGAGCGAGUGAGUCGUGCCAUUUUGUUAUUAUAGAACUAACUUAGCCUGUUAUUACGUCACCGUUGGUCCCAUCCGUGAGUCUUUUUGCUGCUCGAGUGACUGCAUAUGGUCGGUCGGUAUUGAGGAAAUACUCUGGGAAAGUAGUUUCAGGUCAUAUUCGUUUUCUAAGUUACGUUUUUUUUUGUGUUAAUAUGCCCUUAUUUCUUAAUUAUUAUAUACUCUGCUAGAGGUGUCGAUGCCGCCACCAGAUUUUGUCGUCGCA